GGCGCCGGUUUUUCUGCGACACGGUGCCCUUAACGCUAUCGCGUUAAGAUAGCGGCCGUAGUCUGUGACGGCGCGACCUUCGAGCGUAACGAGGGUUUAAAGUGGCUCAACGGAGUAAACAACACUCUCCCCCGUAGUACCGAGGUCACCGUAACCGAGGCGAAGUUCUAGCCAAGCUAGCGAUCGAGGGGUCGCGAAAAGACAGCUCCCUAUUUAAAGCUUCGUCCGCGUUUGUGCCGUUCAGAAACGGCUAGCUGAUCGCGCCAGGCACGUACUACGUCGUACACUGAAGCGCUCUAGAUCGUAACCUGCAUGCUAGAAAAUUUUCCAAACCGCCGCAGCGACAAGCAAGGAGAAGUUAACGAACCCAAUGUCGGGCCCGAUUACCGACUUGGAGCGGCGAAAGCAGAUCAGCGUGCGAGGCAUCGCUCAGGUCGAAAAUGUUGCCGAGGUGAAGAAGGCCUUCAACCGGCACGUCCACUACACGCUGGUCAAAGACCGCAAUGUGGCUACGCCUCGGGACUACUACGUUGCCCUGGCCUACACCGUGAAGGACCACCUGGUCGGCCGAUGGAUUCGCACGCAACAGCACUACUACGAGAAGGACCCCAAGCUUGUGUACUACCUCUCCCUGGAGUACUACAUGGGCCGUUCGCUCACCAACACCAUGAUGAACCUGGGCAUCCAGAAUGCCUGCGAUGAGGCCCUCUAUCAGAUGGGUCUGGACAUUGAGGAACUGGAGGAAAUUGAGGAGGAUGCCGGUCUGGGUAAUGGCGGCCUGGGUCGACUGGCGGCCUGCUUCCUCGAUUCAAUGGCCACGCUUGGCCUGGCAGCCUAUGGAUAUGGCAUCCGCUACGAGUACGGUAUCUUCACGCAGAAGAUCACCAAUGGCGAGCAGACUGAAGAGCCAGACGACUGGCUUCGCUUUGGCAACCCGUGGGAGAAGGCUCGCCCAGAAUACAUGACUCCCGUCAACUUCUACGGCCGUGUGGAGAAGACCAACAAGGGCUUCAAAUGGGUCGACACACAGAUUGUGCUUGCCAUGCCCUACGACAACCCCAUCCCCGGGUUCCGCAACAACGUUGUCAACACCAUGCGCCUGUGGUCAUGCAAGUCGCCCAUCAAAUUCAACCUUCGCUUCUUCAACAACGGUGACUACAUUCAGGCCGUCCUCGACCGGAACCUGGCAGAGAACAUCUCCAGGGUGCUCUACCCCAAUGACAAUGCGUUCGAGGGCAAGGAGCUUCGUCUGAAGCAGGAGUACUUCAUGGUUUCAGCGACGCUGCAGGACAUCAUUCGCCGUUACAAAUCUUCCAAGUUCAGCCAAACAGAUGUGGUGCACACCCUGCUGGAGCAGUUCCCGAAGAAGGUGGCCAUUCAACUCAACGACACGCACCCAGCGCUUGCCAUUCCGGAACUCAUGCGCCUCUUCAUGGACAUCGAGGGACUCAGUUUCGACAAGGCUCUCGAAUUGACAACCAAGACAUGUGCCUACACGAACCACACAGUGCUGCCAGAGGCCUUGGAGCGCUGGCCAUGCUCCAUGUUGCAGAACAUGCUUCCGCGCCACCUGCAGAUCAUCUAUGACAUCAAUGCCCAUUUCCUUGGAGAGGUGAGCCAGAAAUACCCCGGGGACCCCGACCGGUUGCGGCGUAUGUCGCUGGUCGAGGAAGAAGGCGACAAGCGCGUCAACAUGGCUCACCUGGCCAUCGUGGGCUCGCACAAGGUCAACGGGGUGGCAAAGAUCCACACGGAGAUUCUCAAGAAAGACCUGUUCAAGGACUUCUACGAGAUGUACCCCGAGCGUUUCCUCAACCUGACCAAUGGCAUUACUCCCCGCCGGUGGCUCCUGCUCUGCAACCCUAGUCUGGCCGAUCUCAUUGCCGAUAAAAUUGGCGAGAACUGGAUUGUGCACCUGGAGGAGCUGACCAAGCUGAAGCCUCUCGUCAACGACAAGGCAUUCCUGCGAGACUUACAGAAAGUGAAGCAGGAAAACAAGAUGCGGCUGUGCGAGUACCUGCACAAGCUGACGGGCAUCAAGCUAGACCCAUUGUCCAUGUUCGACAUGCAAGUGAAACGUAUCCACGAGUACAAGCGGCAGCUGCUCAACUGUCUGCACAUCAUCUGCCUGUACAAUCGCAUCAAGGCAAACCCCUCGGCACCCUUCGUGGCACGUACCAUCAUGGUUGGUGGAAAGGUGCGUAGCUUGCUUUCUCAGUUUCGUUCAUUUGUCGCCACUUGGAAGAUGCUGAUUUUGCUGUAAUGAAACUGUGGCGCC